ACGUAAAGAACUCUUUAACUAGAUUGUAUAGAAUUAUAUUCUCCAAGGUGUCUUAUUCUGCAUUAUGUCACAUAAAUAUAAUCCCCAUCAAUGAUGUUACUGGUAUAACUUUAUUGGCCGCGGAACCAGGAUUUGAGUACAGGUGGCCCAUUCAGAUUAUUUUCAAAAUUUCCGAAGUUAUACAUCAAACCGGGCCUCACUCAGAUAUUCUCUGAAUCUAUGGCCGCAGCUGAUGCUACAACAGUUGCAAUAGAAGCAGAACCCCCACAAAACAGAGUUAAAUCAGCUGAAAAAACCAAGAAACUAACACUCAUUCCACUAAUUUUCCUCAUUUAUUUUGAAGUUGCAGGCGGUCCAUAUGGUGAAGAGCCUGCAGUCCAAGCCGCAGGACCGCUAUUAGCAAUCCUUGGUUUCCUCAUUUUCCCAUUCAUUUGGUCCAUCCCUGAAGCCCUCAUCACUGCUGAACUCUCCACAGCAUUUCCUGGUAAUGGCGGUUUCGUGAUCUGGGCUCAUCAUGCUUUUGGACCUUUCUUUGGAUCCAUGAUGGGAUCACUCAAGUUCCUUAGCGGAGUUAUCAAUAUAGCUGCUUUUCCAGUUCUCUGCAUUGAUUAUUUAGAGAAACUCUUUCCCAUUUUCUCUCAUGGCAAGCCAAGAAACAUCGCGAUAUCAGUCUCUACUUUACUACUCAGUUUCUUGAAUUUCACUGGCCUUGCUAUUGUUGGAUAUGUAGCUGUGGCACUAGGCGUGAUCUCCUUGCUACCUUUUAUUAUCAUGUCUGUUAUAGCGAUCCCGAGUAUUCAUCCCAAGAAAUGGCUUAGCACGGGACAGAAAGGAGUGAAAAAAGAUUGGAAUUUAUUUUUCAAUACUCUGUUCUGGAAUUUGAAUUUCUGGGAUAAUGUUAGUACUAUGGCUGGUGAGGUUGAUAAGCCGCAGAAAACCUUCCCAGUUGCUUUACUUUCCGCGGUGAUACUGACAUGUUUAGGUUACAUAAUUCCGCUGAUGGCUGUUACUGGAGCUGUAAAUGCUGAUCAAACAGAGUGGGAGAGUGGCUACAUGGCCAAUGCAGCUAGAACAAUUUCUGGGCAAUGGCUAAAAUACUGGAUUGAAAUCGGAGCUGUCUUGUCUGGUAUUGGAUUAUUCGAAGCACAGUUGAGUAGUUGUGCUUAUCAGCUACUAGGGAUGGCGGAGUUAGGAUUUUUGCCAAAGUUCUUCGGAUUAAGAUCAAAGUAUUUCGAUACUCCCUGGGUGGGAAUUCUGUUAUCUACUGUCAUAACAUUAGGUGUUUCUCAUAUGGAUUUUACUGAUAUAAUCGGUGCAGCUAACUUUCUGUAUAGUUUAGGGAUGUUGCUGGAAUUUUCGGCUUUUAUCUGGCUAAGGUGGAGGUUUCCGGCAUUGGAGCGACCGUAUCGGGUUCCGAUGAGGCUGCCGGCUCUGGUGAUCAUGUGUCUGGUGCCGUCUGGAUUCUUGGUGGUGAUCAUGGUGAUUGCUACCAAAAUUGUUUAUUUGAUCAGUGGGGUGAUGACUGUAGGUGCAAUUGGUUGGUAUUUUUUGAUCAAAUAUUGCAAGUCAAAGAAGUGGCUUGAGUUCAAUAAUGGCAACCAAGACAAGGUUGAUGUAUUGUGAUUUGUGACUUGCAACUUGUAAUGAAUGGCUUCAAUUUGCCAAGGACUAAGACAAAUAUGUUAAUAUAAUUUGUUAUCACAUCCUAUCUUUUUCCGGUCA